GUUACAAAACAUCGAAAUUACAAAUUCUUUGCGUAUUCUCUCGAUUCAAACUCGUUCAAACAACUUCAAACCUCGAGCAAUUUCCAUUAUUUAUCAAUAAUUCUCAAAUCUAUUCCCCAAAAUCACCACGAAACAAUUCCAAUCUCGAUUCAAACCCUCUCAAACAACCUCAAACCACGUAUUCCACGAACGAUGAUAAACAGCGAUAAACAAGCGACGCGAAAUAUCGAGUCGCAUAAACGCGGCAAGUCGCAACGUAAUCGAUAACACAAUAUUGUGACGUAUAUGUGCAUAAAGUCCAGCCUGUGAACCGUUCUGCAAACCACCCUGAGCCGGAGAAACUGUUCAACAAGUCGAGGCCAGCGAUCCUGGCAUUGACACUACUAAGCCACGUGCUGUAUUAUUUAACGCGUCCACGAUCAAUGAUGGUUUUCUUAUGGAUCGAGUGAACCGUAACUUUUCCAUCGUAUUUCCGCGAUGGCGGCGCACUUGGCCGAGCCCGUUCGAAGAAUAGGCUUGGACUUGUUGAGCUGAUCGCAAUAAUCUUCGGAUAAUACAAAUCCGGCAGGAUGCUGGACCGUUUUAGAGCCGCGUUCAAGUGUUCUGUGCCGAAAUGUGGCAAUUUCCGGUUUCCAGGGAUGGAGAAGCCCGAAUCCUCGACCGGGGAUGGGAGCAAUGGAGAACUCGAGGACAGGGAUCCGAACAGUUUGAACAAACAUCUGCAGGUGAUGUGGGAUGACGUGAUCGGUGAACCGGAAGGAAUACGCAGUCCAGAGUGCGCGUGGCGAUUGAGCGGACACUGCUUUCGAUUGUCCAGAAGAUGUUGUUACGUGUUCCUCUCCGUCCUGAUCGCCCCUUUUCUCUCUCUCUGCCUAGGCCUCACCUUCGCCUGCCUCGCGUUUCAGCAUAUUUGGUGUUUGGCACCGUGUCUCCGCGUUUGGAAAAUCACUUGUGCCGCGACGAGGAAUUUCCUUAGCGUUGUCACGCAAGCCAUCGUGCGUCCCAUCAUGGAGUCCCUUGGCUAUCUGUUUCACAACAUUCGGAUAUUCAACAAGAAAUUGCCCGAUGGUCCUGUGGAGAAAGACGAUAUCCUCGUGGUGUAAAAUCGAUAAAGUUUUAUCAAGUGCCUUUCGAAUCGAUCGAUAAUGAUCACCAUGAAUUAUUGUAUCUUUUUCCUCUUUUUCCAGUAACAAUUUAACAAGUUUUUCACAUUUCUAUUCCGUGAUUGCAAUUUUAAUUGUUUACGGUGUAGAAUUGUCAGUAGUGAAAAAUACUGGUUAAUCUUUGAUUAUAUUAUAUAUUUCAUUAAAAUAAUAAUAUAUAUAUAUCUAUUGUUAUAAAUUUUUGUAAAUAAAAUACAUUCUAA